CACAUCCUCCCUACCUCUCUUGCUCUAUUUGCUCCACUUGACCACCACUGGAUGUUUAGUUGAUCAUCGUCUAUUGACUCACAAACACUUCUCCAUCUCAUCCACCUCCGUCCCCUGAGCAUCAUGCGGGUGUUGCUGGAGAGCAGCUGGAUGCGCUUUGGACCUGCAGGCAGAGGCUCGUACGACUGGGUGACAGGACCCCCAUCAGCCCCGGAGAAACAGGGCUUUAACUGGAGUGGGUUUGACUUGGGAUGGGACCGAAAGAAGGAGCUGGUCCUCUACGUCAUCCUCCCGGUCUUCAGCGUCGUCCUGCUGACUCUCCUGGUCGGUUUAUUGUACCGCCGGUGUUCCCGCAGAAAACUGGGCCUGACCAACAUCAUCGCUCUGGACCUGCAGGACGCAGAGAGCAGCGCCGAGAUCCUGUCCUCCCUGACCAGGAACUCCAGCACCAGCUCCAUUGUGGACCACGACGGGGUCUUCGUCAUGGUCUACCUGCCUCCACCGUACGAGGAGUCGCUCAGCAAGAUCUCCCGGGCCGCCAGCAUCCGCAGCUCCAGAGACACGGAGUCCAUGAAAAUGGAAGACCUGGAGGCCAAGCUGUGUCCCGAGAUCAAGGCCAGCGGGAGAUAUGUGUAGAAAAGACAUUAUAAUAACCUCGAUAUUUUUAUAACUUUGUUGUGUCUGUGUUUGCUUUUUGUAUGUCACAUAUCACUCACUUCUGCAGCAUUUUAGCCUCUUUUAGCUUUUAGUUGUGGUUUUACAAACACAAGACAGGAAGUAAAGACAGACGUGACACAAGGGGUGGGUUUUACAAAAUAAAACAGGGAACAGAAUAUGCAAAAAGCCAUCAAACCAGAGCUGUGUGUUCCACAUGAAUUCAUCAGAUGGUCUGAAACCCAACUCCCAGAGGAUGGUUCUGUUGCUCUAUAUCUGCUGGACGUGUCCGUGCGUUGGCUUGUCUUUGGACUUUUGUUGCCCUUAUGUGUCCAAACAUCAAUAAAUGCAUUUUUA